UUCCAAUUCCUUUCUUUCUCUGCAAUUUCCCCUUGUCUUCCUUUUCACUGCAAUUUCCAUCUCUCUCUCUCUCUCUCUCUCUCUCUCUCUCUCUCUCUCAUACACUGUUCCUCCGUCUCAGCUGAAGAAUUCGUGGGCAGGUCCUUGUUUUUGUGGUAAGCGAUGGUUGCUGAAUCAUGGUUUCAAAAACUAUGGAAGACUCCACGGAAGGAUGAUUCUAAUUCCGAGAAGGUGGUGAUUGGAGUAUUAGCAUUUGAAGUUGCGAGAUUGAUGUCCAAGCUUGUUAAUUUGUGGCAGUCUUUGAGUGAGAAACAGGUUGCUAGGUUGAGAGAGGAGAUCACAAAUUCAGUGGGUAUCAAGAAGCUUGUUUCAGAUGAUGAGAAUUUCGUUGUACGUUUAAUCAGUCUAGAGAUGCUUGAGAAUAUUGCACAUGUGGCUGAAUCUGUGGCUAGGCUCGGGAAGAAAUGCAGUGAUCCGAGUUUAAAGGGUUUUGAAGAUGCCUUUGUUAAGUUUAUAACUUUUGGUGUUGAUUCACAUGGGUGGAAAUUCACUUCCAAGAAAAUGGAAAAAAAGGUUAAAAGGAUGGAAAAGUUUGUAUCAACUAAUGCAAGUCUGUAUCAAGAGAUGGAAGUGCUCACUGAUCUUGAGCAAACCCUUAAAAGAAUGAAGGCUUACACCGAGUCAGAUGGGCUGAAUUUAAUUGAAUAUCAAAAAAGGGUUGAAUGGAGCAGGGUGGAGGUGAAGAAUUUAAAGGCUAAUUCUCUGUGGAACAGGACAUAUGAUUACACAGUACACUUAUUAGCAAGAUCUUUAUUCACCAUAUUCAGUAGGAUCAACAAUCUAUUUGGAAUUCAAGAGGUAAUAGAUGUUGGUAAAACCAAGAAUCCAAGUGUUUUCUAUUCUGAUUACAUUCGUGGAAGUCAAUCGGUUUCUGAAAUAUUGCAACCUUCGGUCCAUGCAUCCGAUAAAAAUGUUGCCAGAUUCACUUCGGGACCCCUUGGUACUUUUGCUGCUAAAUCAAGUCAAAAUGUUAGAACAGAUAAAACUAACAUUUUUCGUUCAGGUGGUGGCGACUCAUCCAAAAAGUCAGGAAAAUAUGGAAGUCUCAGCUUUUUCUCAGGUCCUCUUGGAAGAAAUUUGAAAAAACCAGCCUCAGAUUAUGGAACAAAUAAAAACAGCAGUAUUUUGAAGUCUCAUGGCCACUCAACAACCAUAAGCGGGAAGGAAAUUAACACACGACACAGUCGCAUGACUCAAGUAGGACCCUUCAAAGGAUGUAUGGUUGCAGAAAGCUCCUCGGUCAUCGACUGCCACUCAAGCCCAAAUGAUGCUCAAUUAGCAACUCAGAAUCAUAAAGAUGCUGAUUCAAACAUCCUUUCCCCCGGAAACGAAGAUCAUCGGACUCAAUCAGCUUUCAGUUCUCUGUGCAAGUUACAGCCUCCAUCUCAAUCCCUUGGUGCUGCUUCUUUAGCCCUGCACUAUGCAAAUGUUAUCGCUGUGAUUGAGAAGCUAGCGGCUUCUCCACACUUAAUAGGUCUUGAUGCAAGAGAUGAUCUGUACAAGAUGUUACCCAGACGCGUGAGAGCUGCUCUUAGGUCCAAGUUAAAGCCAUAUUCAAUGGCUUCGGCAGUCUAUGACGCAAGUCUAGCAGAAGAAUGGAGUGAAGCAAUGGCGGGUAUAUUGGAAUGGUUAGCCCCACUUGCUCACAACAUGCUAAGAUGGCAAUCUGAGCGAAGUUUUGAGCAGCAGUGCUUUGUUUCCCGGACAAAAGUGUUGCUGGUACAAACACUUUACUUUGCAGAUCUAGAGAAAACAGAAGCAAUAAUCACCGAGCUUCUUGUCGGCCUGAAUUAUGUCUGGAGAUAUGUUCGGGAGCUCAAUUCAAUAGGUCUGGUUGAGUGUGGGAGCAGCGCAGUGCAUAAUGUUAUUCUCAACUGAAUGGAUAAGCAAUUUUCAUGACACUCAUGGCAGUUUUCAGCAGAAGUUCACCCACUGACCUCAGAUUGCAAGGGAGAUUUUCAGACACUGACCUUCUGGCUUCUUAAAUCUUGAACAAUGCGAUUCGGGUGUUGGAUGAAGUAUGAGAAUAAUACUUACAUUCAAUGUUGUGGAAUUUGAGUGAUAGAAUGCAUUGUUGGUUAGGAAUGAUCCUAGCUGAAAAGUUAUCCUAUGGUAUGGAUUCCUACAUGCUGUUUAGAGUCAGCAUAUUUGUGAACCUUAUAUAUGCUAAAUUGUAUAGCUAUAUCACAGUGGUUAUUUCUAUAUGGUAUUUGUGAGCCUUUUGAAUGGUUGGGCAUGAGAAUUUUGAAACGCUAGGAUGCAAGUUUCAAUAUCUGAAGCAUUGUGUCAUUGUGUGGAUGGGUAUCUCAUGGCUCUAUAAAUGUCCAAACAGAGGAAGCUCUUCUUAGAAGUUGAAACUUGAAACUCUUAAAUGGAAAAUUUAUUCAGUGCA